CUUAAUAUUUCUAAGACACGCUCACACGCUACGCUAUUUUUUUUUUGUUCAUCCCUUUUUCAAAACCCUUCCAAUUCCAAUUUCUAAACAUUGACCUAAAUUAUAUCACCACGAUUUGCUCUGCUGCUCAAUCAGGAAUUAUGUCUUUUGCACGGAAUUUGCAAACAGAAGGACUUAAUCUACAUGGUGGUUAUUGGUCCAACUUUGACGGAAAUAACUUCAACAAUGGCAACAGGAAAAGAAGCAGGAACAAUAAUUGUUACUGGAAUUAUAACAUUCAAAAUAACUACUUGGUGGAACAUGUUGGCAAUUCUAAUUUUUACAGCUUUGGUCCUACUAAUUAUGUUAAAUAUGAUGAUGUCCCAUCAUCUUUGAAAAGGAGAAAAUAUUCAGCUCCUGCUCGGGAAGACAGCCGGAAAUACUAUCUUCCAUCUACUCUCCAAGACAAUAUCCCUUCAUUCCAUAACUUUCAAGCCCCUCCUACAAGAUGCAAUGCUGAUACCUCUAUAUCACCUAGCUGCAAGCUUGAUUGUUCUAUAUUUGAAGAUGAUGAGCCAGUCUUUAUGUCAAGGGACGAGAUUGAUAGAUGCUCUCCAUCAAGAAAAGAUGGUAUUGAUGUACUUCAUGAGACACACUUGCGGUUCUCCUAUUGUGCCUUCCUUCAGAAUCUUGGAAUGCGGCUUGAGUUGCCUCAAAGCACCAUUGGGACAGCCAUGGUUCUGUGCCACCGUUUUUUUGUUCGACGAUCACAUGCUUGCCACGACAGAUUUUUGAUUGCUACUGCUGCUGUUUUUCUUGCUGGAAAGUCAGAGGAAACACUGCGUCCUUUGAAUAAUGUGUUGCGAGCAUCCAGUGAAAUCUUACAUAAACAAGAUUUUACUUUGUUGUCCUUUCUGCUUCCUGUUGAUUGGUUUGAAAAGUAUCAUGACCGGGUGCUUGAGGCUGAGCAGUUGUUGCUUACUACUCUAAAUUUUGAACUCAACGUGCAGCAUCCGUAUGCACCUCUUACAUCUGUCCUUAACAAAUUAGGCCUAUCAAAGACUGUUUUGAUGAAUCUGGCAUUAAACUUGGUCAGCGAAGGGAUCUUCACAAGAUUAGCGUGCUGGCCUGUAUGAUAUUCUUAGCUGGCGGGUUGAUAUGCUGUUCAUGGAACCUUUUGUUUUACAUCUGAAGUUGAACUGCUGAUGUCUAAUGGAUUGCUUUACCCUGAAUAAGUGAAUAUGUCCCACCAACCUUUAUUUUGGCUAUUCAAAUAGCUACUACAAUUCCUCCAAACCAGAUUUUUUACCAAACCCUCAAUGCUUUGUGGUUUGUGUUGAUGACCUUUAUCCAAGUGGGUUAUCUUUGCAUUUUAAUAUCAUGGAUGGAAAGAAGGUCAAGGAAUUGAUCUGACAAAUAAAAACCAACACUGAAAUAGUUUCUGAGAUUCAGAUAUGGACCGAGUCUUCAAUUUUCCCAAAAAAGAAACAUUUAAUUUGUGAAAAUGGGACCUUUGGAGGGAAGCUGAUAUCUUGUCUCUUCCCUUCAGCUUCUGAUUCUUUUUUACUAAACAUAUCCCCUCUGUUGGCACUGGGUUUUUGUUUAUUUUAUUUUUUUCUCAAAUGCAAGGAAGCUUUUCAUCUUGUUUAUUAAUUGAUUUUUUGUUUUCAAGGAAAGCUGCUGUCUGGGUUUAAUUUGCUGAGGAAAUCCUUUUAUUUUAAACUGUUUCCUUUAUGGGUUUUGUGGAGAAGAUUUUUGGGUUUGUGGACCUGAACUGCUGCCAAAAUUAUUUAUUUUGUUUUAAAUCCUAAAUGGAGAACUAUUAGAUUACAUGUAUAUAUAUUGCCUUUGAAGUAGAUGUCAAAAUCCUAGACACUUGACUGUAUCAAUUAAUGAAUUUUUCCUUUCAAGUAAUUUCCUGAAUUUUGGAGGAUGAUGCCUUAUCCCCCAUCUUUGUAUUCUGUCUUUCUCAGUCAUAAAUUUACUUCAAUUUUUUUCUAUUGUUUUGGGCACUAAUUUUCAACUAAUUUUUCUCAGUCAUAAAAUUACUUCAACUUUUUAUCAACUGUUUAGUCAUGUUUUAUAAAACAAAAAAGUCAAUUCAUCGUUUCUUUUAUCUCGGUCAAAUGUUUUGGGCACUAAUUUUUCAAGAAAUCAAUAUACUUUUCCUAAGAUAGUGUCCAUUUCCAUUUAAAAACAUCAGCAAAUGCGUGUUGCAAUUUUCUUUUUGGUUUAAAACAUUCGAUCCAGAAAAGUUGCAGCCAACUUAUUUGAGUUUUAUACUUCACUUCAGCCUCCCCAAUUUAUGAUGCACUUUUUGUAGAUUCGAACAUUAUAUUGAGGCAGGUUCAUCUUUGCCUUUCAUUCUUGACAUUGUUUGAUAUCUUAUGUUUUUUUCUUUAGUUUGAAGCCUUAGUUCUUUGAUGUCCAUACUGGUUGGAGUAUUGGUAGGUUAGUGUCUUAACUAGGGACUUAGGUUAAGGAAGCCUCCAUUCUGGUUAGAGAUGGCAAAGCGGGUUGCCCGCCUUGCCUUUGAAGGUGGGCAAGAAAACUCAGCCUGUGACAUUUUACACUAAAUUUUUUUUUUAAAAAAAAUUCCAGCCCAGGCGGGCGGGCGGACUUGGCGGGCGGCGGGUUUGAAAAACUCAGCCCGCCCCGCCCCGUUUGGCGGGCGGGGGGUGCUGAGCCCGUUUUGCCAUCUCUAAUUCUGGUGGUGGAUACCUGUCUUUUAUAUAUUUCUGUCCUAGUGUCUUCCAUAGAUGCCUUCUUGGAAGUAAACUACUGUGUCCGUCAUUGACCUGCAAGUCUGUACUAAAAUUAUCAAGAAUUUUUUUUUCUAUACAAUAUUAAUUUUUCUUUUUGGGAAAGGAAAGGAUAACUCAAUUUCCCCCCAUCUUUUAAUACUGUAUAUUGUGUAAUGAUGCUUAAACUUGCAAUUUGUGCCUGCAAUAUGGACAUCGGUAGAGGAUUUCGUGAGUUAAUAUGUAGCGCAGAAUAAGAUGCCUUCAUCCUAACUAUUCCAGUGUUCAUGUUAGCAAGGCUGUCCUGAUAAAAAAUGUUGAGCAGAAGAUGAGGCAUUGGCAUUAGCUUUAAAAGAUUCAAUUGUUUGCAAUGUGCAGCUCCCCAUGAAUGCUUAAUUGCAUAAAUUUCUGGAGUUUAAAUUCCCCACACCAGAUUUGGGCCUGGAAAUAUGAACUUUUCUCUAGAUGAGUAUAAGAUAAUGCUAUAGUUUGGUACUUUAUCAGCAAUCCUGCAGAGAUUAUUGGAAUAUUAUUCUUCCUGGGUUGCUGCUUUUCUUGUUGGUAAGGGAAAGCUAAUAAAUUUGUGUUUAUCACUUGGAAUGAAUGUUGAAUUCUGUAUGCAUUAUCUUGUUUAUAGUACUGCUCAUUUCAUUAGAUGACAUGAUCUCUGGCAUGGUGAGAACAUAUGCUAAGUUGUACAACAAUCUUCUUCUGUUACUGUUGCCUCAGAUGGUUAGUUUGACUAUUUACAUAUCUCUGAAUUUAUGUUGAGAGAUGCUGCCCGUAAUGAUGUGUCUUGUAUGGUCUUCUGAAGCUGAAAAAUGUUGUUUUGCAGGCUUUGGAGCUCUCUAUGGCUUCAGUUCAAACCCCAUCAUAUUGCUGCUGGAGCUGCAUAUCUUGCUUCGAAGUUUCUAAACAUGGAUCUUACUACUAACCAGAAUAUUUGGCAAGAGUUUCAGGCAACACCA